GGUGAGCGAGGAAGUUCCCAGCGUCAUUUCCAGACUUUUAGCAGGUGUCAUGACUAAAAAGUUAGUCGUAUGAAUAUUAGUUUCACUUGUAAUUUUAAUCAUGAGAAAGUGGUUUAAUGUGAAAUAAAUCGGAAGAGACUCCUGUUGCCAUGGCUCUGUCGGAGUUGUAUACAAAGUAUAACAGGGUGUGGAUCCCCGACCCUGAACAUGUUUGGAAAUCUGCGGAGAUUCUGACAGAUUUCAAUCCUGGAGAAACUGAGCUGGAACUACAGCUGGAGGAUGGGACGGAGUUGCAGUAUCCUCUGGAAGGCGGUGAGAAGUUGCCACCCCUACGUAACCCAGAUAUCCUGGUGGGAGAGAAUGACCUCACAGCCCUCAGCUACCUUCACGAGCCGGCCGUGCUACACAACCUCAAAGUCCGAUUCGUCGAGUCCAAAAUCAUCUAUACGUACUGUGGAAUUAUCCUGGUGGCAGUCAAUCCAUAUAAACAGCUUCCCAUCUAUGGAGAUGCAGUCAUCCAUGCGUACUCUGGCCAAAACAUGGGUGACCUGGACCCUCAUAUAUUUGCUGUGGCUGAAGAGGCCUACAAACAAAUGGCCAGGAAUAACAAGAAUCAGUCCAUCAUUGUGAGCGGUGAGUCCGGGGCCGGAAAGACCGUGUCAGCUCGGUAUGCUAUGAGAUACUUUGCUAUGGUUAGCAAAUCUGGUAGUAAAACUCGGGUGGAGGACAAAGUUUUGGCAUCCAACCCGAUCACUGAGGCCAUUGGAAAUGCAAAAACAACCAGAAAUGACAACAGCAGUCGAUUCGGGAAGUACACUGAGAUCAGCUUCGACAAAAGAUACCAGAUCAUUGGUGCCAACAUGAGGACGUACCUUCUGGAAAAGUCAAGGGUUGUGUUUCAGUCAGAGAAUGAGAGAAAUUAUCACAUCUUCUACCAAAUGUGUGCUUGUGCAAAUCAACCGGAGUUCAAAGGCUUGAAACUCUUGGGUGCAGAGAAGUUUAAUUACACUCGUUUGGGUGGUGAGACCGAGAUCGAGGGUGUGGACGACCGGGCUGAAAUGGCAGAAACACUCAGAACCUUUAAUCUACUGGGGCUCAAGGACAGUUUUCAGGCGGAUGUGUUUAAGGUGCUCGCUGCAAUUCUGCAUUUAGGAAACGUAGUCAUCAAGGCGAACAGUCCUGAGAAAUCAUCCAUCGGUUCCAGAGACCCUCACUUGGCCAUAUUCUGUGACCUGAUGAGCGUCAGCAUGGACAAUAUGAGCCGCUGGCUGUGUCACAGACGGAUAGUCUUGUCAGCGGAGACGGUGGUGAAACCGCAGCCCAAGGAACGUGCCGUCAACGCCCGCGAUGCCCUGGCCAAACACAUCUACGCCCAUCUUUUCGACUUUGUCAUCCACAAGAUCAACCAGGCACUAAUGGUCCCUGGGAAACAACAUUCAUUUAUUGGGGUGUUGGAUAUUUAUGGAUUUGAGACCUUUGAAGUGAACAGUUUCGAGCAGUUCUGCAUCAACUACGCCAACGAGAAGCUGCAACAGCAGUUCAACCUGCACGUGUUUAAACUGGAGCAGGAGGAGUACAUGAAAGAGGACAUCCCGUGGACGCUGAUCGAUUUCUACGACAAUCAGCCCGUUAUUGAUCUCAUCGAGUCUAAGAUGGGCAUCCUGGACCUUUUGGAUGAGGAGUGUCUGUUCCCACAGGGCACUGAUAAAAACUGGCUGCAAAAGCUGUACAAUUUUCUAGGUUCAAAGCCGCUGUUUGAGAAACCUCGUUUGUCUAAUGACUCGUUUAUGAUCCAGCAUUUUGCUGAUAAGGUAGAAUACCAGUGUAAAGGUUUUUUGGAGAAGAACAGAGACACGCUUUAUGAAGAGCUAGUCGACAUCCUGCGCACUAGUCAGUUUGCUCUCUUGGCAGAUUUUUUUAAAGAGGAUGAACCAAAUUCUGGCCACAAAAUGAUCAAAGUUAAACCAGCACAACCCCGAGUUAAAGCUUCAAACAAGCAGCUGAGAACCACUGUAGGAGACAAGUUUCGAAGUUCAUUGUCCCUGUUAAUGGAGACGCUGAACGCUACUACACCUCAUUAUGUGCGCUGUAUUAAACCCAAUGAGGAGAAAAUGCCAUUUGAGUACGACCCAAAGCGUGUGGUGCAGCAGCUGAGGGCCUGUGGUGUGCUGGAGACCAUCCGCAUCAGUGCCCAGAGUUACCCAUCCAGGUGGACGUAUAUCGAGUUUUACAGCCGUUACAGUAUCUUGAUGAGCCAGUCAGAGCUGAAGCUGGGAGAGAAGAAGCAGACGUGCAGGACGGUCCUGCAGAAACUCAUUCCUGAUUCCAACCAGUACAAGUUUGGUCGGACGAAGAUCUUCUUCCGGGCGGGACAGGUGGCGUACCUGGAGAAGCUGCGUUCGGAUCAUCUGCGUGCGGCGUGUGUGAUCAUUCAGAAGCACGUGAGGGGCUGGAGGCAGAGACGCAGGUUCCUGCACAUGAGACAAGCGGCUAUCACUAUACAACAGUACGUGCGUGGAAAGAAAAAGAUCAGACGCACGGUGACGGCUCUGGCGCUGAAGCAGGGCUGGGCCGCUGUGGUGAUUCAGAGACACUGCCGUGGGUAUCUGGUGCGGAAGAUUUACCAGCUCGUCCUGAGGGCUGCAGUCAUCAUACAGGCCUACACCAGAGGAUGGAUGGCCCGCAAACGCUACAGAAAGAUGGUGGCGGAGCACAAGGCUCUGGUUCUGCAGAAGUACGCUCGAGCUUGGCUGGUGCGCCGGCGAUUUCAAACAAUGCGACGUCUCGUCAUCAACGUUCAGCUUUCCUACAGAGUCCAGCAGCUGCGCAAGAAAGUGGAAGAGCAGGUACGAUCAGACAACCUGGAAAAGGUUAUUGAUCGAGGAUGUUCAUCAUAUCUCAGGGAGAUGUUUCUUAAAAAAAUAGUUUCGACUGGUCAGUAG